AUGGGCAGCAUUGGCUACGUAAGAAUCUUUCUUUGGACGCCGGUGCCAGUGCGAACGGCCCCGGCUGGCGGAUGGAACGUUUCAGAUAGAGAAAAGCCCCAACACACCAUUCCAGGAUAUGCAGAACCAACUGGCCCGGAUGCAUCAACAGUUGCGGCAAACGCGGGCGGAACUGGAGGCAGCCCCCAAAAGCGAAGGGAUUCGGAGCGCGACAGGCAACACCGCCGCCCCCCGCCCCGCAGAAUUUCACGCAAGAGUUGCCCCAACAGAAUUUAUUCAACACACCCACCGCAGGCUAGUGGACGGAGGCCGCCCCAGACCGGCUUUCUUGGGCGGUGUGUUGUGUAA